AUGCAGCUUUCUGCGAUCUUUAGCGCGCUCGUAUCUUUCGUCAUUCUCGCUGCAGCGUCACCCACGCCAAGAGCCAUUGAGCAACUUUCCUCUAAACGAGAGGAACUUGACACGAACUCUCAACGUGAUCUCCUAGAAGAAGGUAGGAAACUCGACGAACUUGAGACCAACUCCGUGACUUAUAUUUCGUACGUUACACGCGAUGGCCUUGUUAUUCCUGAAGGUAUCACUAAGAAACGCGAGGAGCUGGAUACUGGCACUAUAAUAUAUGCUUGGUACGACGGUCCAGGAGGUGGAGACAAGAAGCGCGAGGAGUUGGAAACCAACUUCGUAGACCAUGAGCCGCGCGAGGAGUUGGAGACCAACUUCGUCGGUUAUAUUGGUUACAACGACCGGCGCGAGGAGUUGGAAACCAACUUCGUAGACUAUGACGCGCGCGAGGAGUUGGAGACCAACUUCGUCGGCUACAUUGGUUACAACGACCGGCGCGAGGAGUUGGAAACCAACUUCGUCGGCUAUAUUGGUUACAACGACUAG